AUGUACAGGAUGCACAGGCAACCAGAGCAUGUUAUGACGUUCUUGCUGGCUGAGAUGGGAACAAGUGGAUCACUUGAUGGACAACAGAGAUUGGUAGUCAAGGGGAGAUUUGCACCCAAGAAUUUUGAGAGAAUCCUGCGGCGCUAUGUCAAUGAUUAUGUGAUAUGCAACGGCUGCAAAAGUCCAGAUACUAUCCUUUCAAAAGAGAACAGUCUCUUCUUUCUCAGAUGCGAGAAGUGUGGUUCUGGGCGAUCUGUUGCUCCAAUUAAGGCUGGAUUUGUUGCUCGGGUUGGUCGUCGGAAAGCUGGAACAUAA